AUGGCAUCGCCGCCGUCCCCUACAUUGUUGGCAGGGCCAGAGCUCCUCGGCAUGUUUUUCAAUUGGGGCUUGCAAGGAGUUCUCAUCGUUCAAGCCUACAUCUAUUAUAUCUGCUUUCCAAAUGACCGUACCUCCCUUAAAUUAUUUGUCUGUGGAGUCCUUAUUUAUGAGACAGUCCAAACAGGACUCAUUACAGCGGACGCGUUCCACAACUGGGUCUACGGCUACGGGAACAUUGGUGCUCUGGCUACAUUCUACAAUGGUUGGUUCAGUGUUCCCAUAAUGUGUGGUAUUCUAUCCGCCGGCGUACAAUGCUUUUUUGCAUGGCGUAUUUGGAUAUUGGCACGAAACUACGUCUUGAUCGGCUUGAUCGUCUUUGUGGCCAUGGCGCAGAUGGCCGCUGCCAUAGUUAGCGGGGUUAAGUUGAAACUACUACCCUCUGCCUCGGACGAAGGGACUGUGACGCCUUUUAUUGAUACUUGGUUGGCUGGAAGUGUGCUCGCCGAUGUAAUGAUUGCGAUUGCCAUGACUUAUUACCUCGUCAGAGCUAAGAGUGGUCUUAGACAACCCGACGCCAUGAUUAAUCGCCUCAUUCAACUAGUCAUAGAAACGGGGUCAUUGACGGCAAUCGUUGCAACCAUCGAUUUGAUACUAUUUACCGUGAAGCCGGAAACGUUUCUCCAUAUGUGUCCGGUAUUAAUGCUGUCGAAAUUAUAUGCUAAUACUCUUUUCAUCAAUUUUAACAACCGGAUACUCAUUCGACCCGGUGCGAACCAGAGUUCUACAAUAGCUGUUCCAGCAUUCCCUCUCCCCAGCACCGGAGAUGAUAGGCAGUUAACCAGCAUGAAGUUUGGCCGUAAUAUGAAUGCGCCUAUGCCCUCAGACAUUUUGUCUGCGACUGACACAUACGAUCUUGAGGAGACUGUGAAAGAUCAACGAACCUUGUCGAACAAGAAAGGCUCUUCUCAUAGCCAGAGUAAGAUCGAUGCGGAUUCCUAUCCAGAAUUUGCACCUUUUACUGAGGCUGAUCCUGCUCCACGAGCAGUGAAAAGAUAUGACAUAGUCAAUCACCCGUGCGUCUUCUUCCCUUGA